GCCGCAGCUGUAAGAGAGAAAGAGGAAGUGUGGCUUUGUCUCUUGUUUAAUAUUUCUGCCCUUGGCCCAGUUUAGUUAGUCACUUUUUUUUUAAUUGACAUGUUACUUAUUGGUGUGAGACAUUGAUGCCCAUGCAGAUAUGUGAAAAAGCCCAAGAGAAGCAUUGAUUCUGUGCAUAUCCAAGGAAGAAACAAAACCUUUUACUCUUUCUUGUUGCUUAAGCAGCUUUGCAUCAUAAGAAGGAACUGCAAACAGUGAUCAGCAUCAACCAUGGCAAACGGUGGGAGCUUCAGUGUCAACAUUUGUGGAGAGGAUUAUGACUACGAAAACCUUGGAGAACGUGGACCCAGUCAGGACCCUUUCCAACUCUUUAAAGAACCAGCAUGUAAUGUUCAUGGGAAUCCUGAAGAAAUACAGAUGGAAAUGUUCACAGAAAACAAAGACACGUCUGACAGCGAGUCAACAAGCAGCAGCAAGGAAUCAUCUAAUGGAUGCCGAAUGAGAUCUUUGCAAAGAAACAACUGGUCAGCCGCUACAAGGAGGGUACUCUCCUCCAUGCCCAGUCGUAAAAUUGGGUUACAUAGUUCUGCAGACAUGGCUGUGAAAGAAACAUGUGCACUACAGAGGCACCAGACCUCGUCCCGUGACUCCCUCCACAUCUCCAGAGUGACCCAGGAUGACAUCACAUCACCAGAGUUUGAGGAAAUCAGUACUGAAGACAGAGCAAAUGAUUUGGCUGGUUCAGGCUUGUGGUGCGCUGAAACCAAUAAGGAGCAGCUGAUGUCAGAACUCCGAGGCCUCUCUGAGAGUGAAGGCAUGCGUAAGCUGCGAGCCAUGCCACUCAGCCUGGUGGACAAGAUGGAAAUCAGGAAGCAUUCUUUUAGCCCUUUAGCUAAAAAUUCGGCCAUCAACAGGAACUCCCCUUGCCAUAAUCUUCCAUGCUUGUACCUUUCAAGGAUGUGGCGCCAUUGCAGAUAUACCCCCCGAUUUUCGACCUCUCUCAAGUUGUGGAACUCUUCCAUGAAAAAACUUAGUGGACGUUAUGGAACCGGCGUUCUCUCCUACUUCACUUUUCUCCGAACACUCCUGUUCAUCAACCUGCUUUUCUUCAUUAUUACUUUCUUGUUUCUGGUCCUUCCUCAAGCCAUCUACCCUCCACCUGACUCCCAUCACAAGCCUUUCUAUUGGAUUGAACUUCUCACAGGCAUGGGUUACCUUUCUCAGAGCUUGAUGUUUUAUGGUUAUUAUUCAAACAUCACGAUUAAAACUACGAGCAUAACAUCUAUGGUACCUUACUGCAUACCAACUGCCUAUUUUUUUACCAUCACAAUUUCCUUCUUUAUUAUCUGCAUUAUCCUGGUGUACAGCAUGUCCAAGUCUUUUGGGAAAAGCUUUCAGGUGUUCAAGUCCAACGGGAAGCUGUCAGAAAACGUUUUUUGCUCCUGGGACUUUAAAGUCACCAAAAAGCCUUCCAUCAGACUUCAGUCUGAGAAGAUCAGCACUUGGCUCAAAGAACAGCUUUCUGAGCUGACCAGCAGAGAAGAGGAAAGGACUCUCACGCAGCGGUUCUGCAACUUCCUCGUGCAUGUGGCAGCAUGGUUCAUUUGCCUGGCCAGCAUCUUCUUCAGUGCCUUUGGUGUCUACUUACUUUCAAAGCAGCCCAUCAGUAAAAUGCUUCAGAAUCUUGAUUUGCUGUUCAUGGCUGCAGUGGUGUCUGGCUUCAACCUGCUGCUGCCUGGGAUCUUCAAUUUCUGUGCUUGGAUCGAGAAGCAUAACUCGCCCAGCACACGUGUUUAUGUCUCCAUCUUCAGAAAUCUGCUGCUGAAGGUCAGCAUUAUUGGUAUGCUGUGUUACCACUGGCUUGGAAAAAUUGCUGUAGAACAAGACCCUCAAGUUUCAAAGUGCUGGGAGAAUUUUGUGGGGCAGGAACUUUAUCGCCUGCUCCUGAUGGACUUCAUCUUUACGGUGCUUUACACUUUUCUAGGCGAGUUCGUAUGGAGGAUUUUCUCCCAAAAAAUAUUAAGAAAGAACAGAAAGCCAGUGUUUGACAUUGCUCGAAAUGUUCUGGAACUCGUAUAUGGACAAACACUGACUUGGCUUGGGGUGUUGUUUGCUCCUCUCCUCCCCGCUGUCCAAAUUGCAAAACUGUUUGUGCUGUUUUACAUGAAGAAGAACAGCCUGAUGCUCAACUGUCAGGCAUCCAAAAAACCCUGGAGGGCAACUCGUAUGACGACAACAUUCAUUACUCUCUUGUUCUUCCCCUCUUUUCUUGGUGCUGCUAUUUUUCUUGCGUAUACGGUUUGGAUAAUCAAACCAUCAUCAGGAUGUGGCCCUUUUAGGAACCUAACCAGUAUGUUGGAGUCUGUGAACCUGUGGGCUGAGAGGAUGAAGGACUAUCACCAAAUUCUUUCUUGGCUCAUUCGAGCUUACAAAGCUUUCACAGAUAACCCAAUCUUCUUGUUCAUGCCCUCUGGUGUAUUUCUACUGCUGAUAUAUUUCCGUAUUCAGGUAGUAGAUGGCCAAAGAAAAAUCAUCAGACGGUUAGAAAAGCAAAUUGACGAUGAAAGUAAAGACAAAAAAUUCCUCAUAAGCCAACUGCAGUAUUGGUAUGAGGAAAACAAUCCAAAUUCUACUAAGAGAUACAGGUGAACUGGGUUCACUUCCUUUUUGGAAACCUUUCUGAGGAAGAGGAUAUCUCCGCAUUGUCAUGCACACUGUCUGCACUGAGAUGUCUAGACACUGAGAAAUUUGCUCAGAAAUGCCAAAGGGGAAAAAAAACCAAA